AAAGACCUUUUAGUWCAUGAAAAGGCAAGCCUGGAGGGGCAAAUUUAUUACCUUCAGAGAUUGRUCGAAGAYAAAUCAAGUGCUCUGGAGAGAGAGCGUACGYUAAAUCAACGGCUAUUAGAUAGGAUUCAACAGAUGUCAAUCGCUGCAGGUUCCUGGAAUGCAGGUAAAAGUGAAGGUCAAAAGCUAACGAUACUGUUUCAUAGCAUGAUUUCACUAAAUAGUUUCAUGGAUCARCUCAGCCAAAGAAUAGAAAGUAACGCAAAUGAAAUGGACGCUGUGUAUGGAAAAGUUMUCAAAAUGAUUGAACACCAAAARCGCCUGGAAGGACAUGAAAARCUUCUCACAAAGAUGCUGAYGUACAUGGCUAACGUUUGCGAGCAAACUAAGAUCGAACAAUCGAAGAAAAAAAGUGUUGGAUGCUCUAGAUGCAGUGGUAUUCSGAACAAACGAUUAUCAAUCAGUAAAACAAUUGCUGCUAGUGAUAGURACUYUGAUGAUGACUCUUCUGGCRGCUGCACAGCAGACAACUGGACUGAGAACGUUAUCGCUGAUCAACGARCUGCUGCCAGACAAUCAAGGAAAACUGAAGGACAUURCAAUUUAUCUUUUUUUGAAAUCGCCAAAACACAAGUCUAUCUGUUCUUGCGCACGAAAAUAAACUACAAAUUGCUCUGUUUGAUUUUAUCAUUUGCCCUUUUUUCCUUCCUUGCGUCUUUGAAUGUUUUAUUGAUGACAAAAGAAAUAGUAUCAUCCUCAAUUAUUUAUCGUAUUUCUCAACUUUUUGCGCAUAUUUGGUCUUUCUUUCUACUUUAGAUAGCAGGCUGCAUACAUUUGAUAAUUUUGUUUGAAAUAGUGUGCAAUUAAAAUACUCUG